AUGUUCGUCUUCCUUGGCCGCCUUGCGCCGCAAAAGGGCGUCCACCUCCUUCUCGACUGCGUCGGGCCUCUGGUCCGAGCGACGGCGGGCAGGGCGCACGUGCUGGCCAGCCCAUACGCCCGCCGCUGUGCGGCGCAGAUGGCGCAGCUGCGGGCGAGCGUCGGGGCCCGGUCUUUCCGGUGUGGCGGAGGCGGCGCGUUUGUCUCCGCCGCCGCCGACUUUGGCGUCAUGCCUUCCCUCUGCGAGCCGUCGGGGCUGGUGGGGGAGGAGUUUCUCGCGGCGGGCACUCCUCUUGUCUGCGCGGCGACGGGUGGGAUGCGAGGCCGCGUCAGCUCCUCCUCAUAA